UGGCAUCUGCAGUUUCGUUUGUGUCGUUCAACCGUGAACAUCAACUAGGAAGUUAUUACAUAUUCGAGAGAGAGAAAAAGUCUCUUUAUUAGAAACAAUUGGUAUAAUCUUGUUCGUGAUUUCGAGUCAAUAAUAUCUUCUCCACCAGACAUGCCCACUGGAAGUGGAGCAUUUGAAAAGAUAGCAGCCCCACCUGCUUAUCCUGAUUCAUCAACAUCUCAAAAUAUUCGUGGAGACAAAAUUGUUCCAUUAGUCGCAACGAUCAGUUGACCGCCUUCCCAACCAUACCCGACUCAUCAACGUCUCCAAUUAUUUGUACCAUUACGUGGAGUGAAGUGAACGUUCGUCAGUGAACAGUCACACGGGGGUUUUUCAAUUGUAAGCAGCAUCGAUAUGUGUUCGCGGACAAGUAUGAUAUCGUUAAUCAUUCGUAAUGUUCCAUCGUAUAUCGCGUCGCAUCUGUUUCGUAACGUAUGAUCAUACACAUUCGUAAGCAUUCGUAAAUGUCAUUUUAACCGAGAAGGCUACAUUUUCAGACUGGUUUCAAGUUUCAAAUUUUAUCAAUAUUUAAAUAAAAUAGAACCUGUAACGAAGCGUUAAAAUACAGUGAAAACAGUGCCGUGUUGAACGCUGUAAUUUUCUAUGCGAAAUCUUUAAUUCUGACAUUAUUUCAAAGAGAACGUUUUAUUUAGCGAAGAACAAUGAGGACUAAGACACACAUCAACGACGCUCAACCGAAAACAGUGGAUGAGCAUUUUCAACUGAUCUUGCACGAUAGGGAAAUUAUUGAUCAUGACUUCGUAAAAGUGACACCGGAUGAUCUACCUGAGUGGUUCGAUGAAAAGUUAUUCAAAAUAGGCCAGGAAUAUUAUAACGGAAAUUUACUAGGAUUUGGAGCUGCACUUGCGUCAGGCCUGACAGUGAUAUUAGCCGUUCCAGAUAUACUCGAGGUCCUUCUUUUCACCAGGCAAAAUGCCACGAUCAACUCGUCUUACAAGCGAUUCUCCCAAACGCUGUUACUCAUGUAUGCGCUCUUUCACUCGGACAUGCUCGACCCAAAUUCGAAAUGGUUCAGUGCGUUGAACGUAAUUCGACAAAAACACGCGAAGGUCAGUAAAAAGCGUGUUAAGCAGAAUCUCCAUGGGAUAUACCAGAAGGACAUGGCGAUCACGCAAUUCGGUUUCUUAGGGUACGUCUUUGUGUGUCCCGAGAAAAUUGGACUGGCGUACGCUACUGAGGAGCAGAAGAUAGGUUUUAAUCAUUUUUGGCAAGUGACGGGUCACCUAUUGGGUGUAAGCGACAGGAUAAAUAUUUGUAGAAGAACGGUGGAGGAAACGAUAGAACUAUGUAAAAGAAUCCAAAAUGAAAUAUUGGUAAAACAUUUAGAAAAUCCGCGUCCAGAAUUUUUACGGAUGAUGACAAAUAUAACGCAUGGAUUGUGGUAUGUCGAUUUGUCAGUAAACGAGGACGCUUUCCUUGCUCUCGCAUACAAUCUAACGGGAAUAAAAUAUAUAAAGCCCAUUGGCUGGUACUCUUAUUUGAACCAAAAGACUCGUGAAUUGAUAUUACAAUCAUGUAAUAUACCGUUCAUUGGCUGGGUGAUACGACAAAUAUUCAAUUUAAUACUCGCAGUGUCUUACUGGAUACUAGAAUAUCAUCCACUGAUACCAAUGUUAGCAUUUGGGAGAAAUAAUGCACAACUUUGUCUGUAUUCAAAAAAUUAAUAUUAUUAUAAUUAUUGUAACAUAGGAGAUGUUCAGCAACAGGUGUAAAAAAAUUUAAUCAGUUAUUUAUGAAACUAAAAUAAGAUGAAAAUCGAAACUGACCAAAUUGCAUUUUUGACUUUGUUCUUUAAUUAUUGACGAUUAAAAAUUAGUCGAGAUA